GGUCCCGGGUGCUGAAACUGCCUCCCGGUUCCUGCGGCCGCGGCUGGCGCGGGGCACAGGCUCGCCUGCCAUUUGUGCUUCCCAGAGAGCCGAGCCCAGGGGCCGGGGCUUGCUAGUGGGCUCCUGUGGGGUGGUUGCUCUGAGGCUUCUCCGUUCGGCGGCUUCCCUUGGGGAGCGCGCUAAUUGCCUUCUGGUGGGGUUGAACUCCCACCAGUUCUUGUUGCCGGGGUAGAUCCUGAUGCCUUCUUGCAGAGAUUGGGCACGAUUACGUCCUGACUGCCUAAGCACAGCGACGUGAGAGGAGAGGAACCAGUGGCUGGCAGCGCAGGCAGCACGGACCGGUAAUUCCUGUAUCCCCGCGCGAGCCAAGUGUGGGUGAAAUGGCCCAAGGGAAUAGUUACGGGCAGACCAGCAACGGGGUGGCGGACGAAUCACCCAACAUGCUGGUGUACAGAAAGAUGGAAGACGUCAUAGCACGCAUGCAAGAUGAAAAAAAUGGAAUUCCUAUUCGAACUGUCAAAAGCUUUCUUUCCAAGAUACCUAGCGUCUUCUCUGGGUCAGACAUUGUUCAAUGGUUAAUAAAGAACUUAACUAUAGAAGACCCAGUGGAGGCGCUCCAUCUGGGGACGCUGAUGGCUGCUCACGGCUACUUCUUUCCCAUCUCCGAUCACGUCCUCACACUCAAGGACGACGGCACCUUUUACCGGUUCCAAACGCCCUAUUUUUGGCCAUCAAAUUGUUGGGAGCCAGAAAACACAGACUAUGCGGUUUACCUCUGCAAGAGAACGAUGCAGAACAAGGCCAGGCUGGAGCUGGCAGACUAUGAAGCUGAGAGCCUGGCCAGGCUGCAGAGAGCGUUUGCUCGGAAGUGGGAGUUCAUUUUCAUGCAAGCGGAAGCGCAAGCAAAAGUGGACAAGAAACGAGACAAGAUUGAAAGGAAAAUCCUUGAUAGCCAAGAGAGAGCAUUCUGGGACGUGCACCGGCCCGUGCCUGGAUGUGUAAAUACCACUGAAGUGGACAUCAAGAAGUCAUCCCGAAUGAGAAACCCACACAAGACACGGAAGUCUGUCUAUGGUUUACAAAAUGACAUCAGAAGUCACAGUCCUACCCACACACCCACGCCAGAAACUAAACCUCCAACAGAAGACGAGUUACAACAGCAGAUAAACUAUUGGCAGAUACAGUUAGAUAGACACCGGUUAAAAAUGUCCAAAGUUGCUGAUAGUCUGCUAAGUUACACGGAGCAGUAUUUAGAGUAUGACCCGUUUUUUGUGCCACCUGACCCUUCCAAUCCAUGGCUGUCCGAUGACACCACUUUCUGGGAACUUGAAGCGAGCAAAGAACCAAGCCAGCAGAGGGUGAAGCGGUGGGGCUUUGGCAUGGACGAAGCCCUGAAAGACCCGGUUGGGAGAGAGCAGUUCCUUAAAUUCCUAGAGUCAGAAUUCAGCUCGGAAAACUUAAGGUUCUGGCUGGCCGUGGAGGACCUGAAGAAAAGGCCUAUUCGAGAAGUCCCCUCCCGCGUUCAGGAGAUAUGGCAAGAGUUCCUGGCUCCAGGAGCCCCCAGUGCCAUUAACUUGGACUCUAAGAGCUACGACAAAACCACCCAGAACGUGAAGGAGCCUGGACGGUACACGUUCGAAGAUGCUCAGGAGCACAUAUACAAAUUGAUGAAAAGCGAUUCAUACCCACGUUUUAUAAGAUCCAGUGCCUAUCAGGAGCUUCUACAGGCAAAGAAAAAGGGGAAAUCCCUCACGUCAAAGAGAUUAACAAGUCUUGUUCAGUCUUACUAAAAGGAUCGUCCCGUAGCAUGGAAGCAGACUGAGUCGUUGCAUAACUUUGUAGCUCUGUGUUGUCACCUGGAACAGAGGACCUUAGAACAAGAUGUCGCAUGAGCAAAGGACCUGAAUUGUUCUUCCUCUGUGUGCCGUAAGGCAUCACCAUCUGCAAGGGACUCUGCCAUCUCAAUGCCUCCAUUUCCAAAUGUGGUCUGCUUACUUCCUCCUGGUACUAAGCUGGAUCUGUGUUUUUUCCUUUUUAUCAAGUUCAAGUGAAGUAAACCUUUUACUUUCCCGCCCCCUCACUUUCUCUCUCUUUCUCUUAAAGCUUCUGCUAAAUACACAGCUCACUGAAAAUUCAGUCAGUGACAAACUGGAAGAAUUGUGAAAGGAAAAAAAAAAAGCAUAUAUAUACAUAUGGCUUCACAUUUGCCAAUCAGUCAAUUAGCACAGGAAGUUUGACUUCACCGGUGUAUUCACAGUCAUAAACAAGCUCAUAUCUUUGUCCGCUGUCUGUACUUUCUCAGUUAAUAUUUCUUGCAUUUAUUUUUAUACCGUAUUUAAAUAAGAAACACCUUUUACUCCAAAUGGAUUAAAGUUGAUUCCCUCUCUGUAAAUUUGUGUAUGUUUAUAUUGUUGUUUU